AGCUCAGAAUCAAGCUUGUGCCAACUUUCUUCUGCCAUGAGAUCUAUCAUCUUUCAGCUUCUUGCAGCCUACACGGUUUUCACCUCCUCAGAUAGAGGAUAUUUUUGGCACUUGACAGACUUGCACCUAGACCCUAACUACACAGUGACCACUGACCCAGGCAAAGUAUGUCCAUCUGCAGGCGACCAGCUGGUUACAGAUGCAGGGAAAUGGGGGAGUUAUUUAUGCGACUCUCCAGGUUCUCUUAUUAACUCAUCUAUAUAUGCAAUGAAAACUAUUUUGCCUGAUCCAGAUUUCAUACUGUGGACUGGGGAUGACACCCCACAUGUACCUAAUGAAAAACUUAGUGAGAAUGCUGUAUUAGAUAUAAUGAAAUGGUUGACAACACUAAUCCUCCAAGCAUUUCCAGCAACCAAAGUAUAUGCUGCUUUUGGAAAUCAUGAUUUUCACCCUAAAAACCAACUACCGACACAGAAUAAUUCUAUUUAUUAUGGAGUGUCAGAACUUUGGAGGACUUGGCUAAAUGAAGAAUCCAUACCGACUUUUCAAAAAGGAGCGUUUUACAGUGAACAGCUAGAGAGCAUAGGAAAUGUGGGACGUAUUAUUGUUCUAAAUACAAAUUUAUACUAUGAUUCCAACAAUAUCACAGCCAAUAUGGAGGAUCCUGGAGACCAAUUUGCAUGGUUAGAAAGCCAAUUAUCAAAUGCUUAUCAAAAGGGAGAAAAGGUUUACAUAGUGGGACAUGUGCCUCCAGGAUAUUUUGAAAAGAAACGUGGAAAGCCUUGGUUUAGAGAGAGGUUCAACAAACGUUAUAUAGAGAUAGUUCAGAAACAUCACGAAGUGAUAAAGGGACAGUUCUUUGGACAUCACCACACAGAUUCUUUCAGAAUGUUCUACAAUAAAUCAGGUAAUCCUAUUGGAAGCAUGUUUAUUGCACCGGGAGUAUCUCCUUGGAAAACCACUCUACCAGGGGUAAAUAAUGGAGCUAACAAUCCUGGGAUCAGAGUGUUUGAGUAUGACCGGAAAAGCCUUAAAAUUCUAGAUAUGGUCACUUACUACUUGAACCUCACAUUUGCAAAUUUAGAGUCUCCCAGAUGGGAGAAGGAGUAUCGUCUAACAGAAGCAUUUUUAGUACCAGAUGGAUCUCCCCAGUCUAUGCAUAAAGUAUUGGAGAAAAUAUCUACCAACCACUGCUUUCUACAAAAGUACUAUGAAUAUAACUCAGUCAGCUAUGACUUGGAAACCUGUGGGGAGUCUUGUAAAAUUGAUCAUGUGUGUGCUAUUCGUGAAGUAGAUUUUACAAAGUAUGAUGAAUGUGUGAAGAAUGAAAGUUCAUCUUCAAAGCCUCAUGUCACCUUGGUGGUGAUGAUACUUACCUGCCUAUUUCUAAAUUAA